AGAUGAGUGACGUGGACAAAGAGGAGGACAGACCAGAGUCUGUGGACAGACACACAGCAGAGUCUUCAGGAUCCAGCACGUUGUCUCUGAGGAGUGACCAGUCCAAUGAUCUUCCACCAGACUUCAGUUCUGAACCUGGACCUUCAGACACAAAACACACAGCAGAGUCUUCAGGAUCCAGCACGUUGUCUCUGAGGAGUGACCAGUCCAAUGGUCUUCCACCACUCUUCAGUGCUGAACCUGGACCUUCAGACACAAAAGAGAAGAAGAGGACUGAUGUGUGUGAGGAGCAGCCAGAAAGAUCCAGAAGUGUUGGUCUGCAGCAGCUUCUAGAAGAACAUAAGAAGAGUGUGAGGAGGAGAUGUGAACGUGUGACUGAAGGAAGUGAAGAAGCAGGAGGAGGAAGCCUCCUCAACAGGAUCUACACUGAGCUCCACAUCACAGAGGGACUCAGUGAGGAGCUUCAGAGGGAACCUGAGCUGAAGCAGCUGGAGACAGCUUCCAGGAAGGAGAGCCUCCAUCACACUGCCAUCAGGGUUCAGGACAUCUUCAAAGCCUGGGCCCAGCAGCACACACACAUCCGAGUGGUUGUGACCAGCGGCGUGGCCGGCAGCGGAAAAACCUUCUCGGUGCACAAGUUCAGUCUGGACUGGGCCGAGGGCCUGGAGAACCAGGAUGUCAGUGUGCUGGUGGUGCUCUCCUUCAGGGAGCUGAACCUGCUGGGAGAGCGGCCGUACAGCCUCCUCUCGCUGCUGGCUGUUUUCCAUCCCACGCUCCAGAAGCUGACGGCAGAGGAGCUGGCCGUCUGCAAGCUGCUCUUCAUCUUUGACGGUCUGGAUGAAAGCAGACUUUCUCUGGACUUCAGCGGCGGCCGGCGGCUGCUCGACGUCUCCCAGCAGUCUUCGGUGGGCGAGCUGCUCACUAACCUCAUCCGGGGGGAUCUGCUGCCCUCGGCUCGGGUCUGGAUCACUUCCCGACCGGCGGCGGCCCAUCAGAUCCCUCCAACAUGUGUGGACAGACUGACAGAAGUGCGAGGCUUCACUGACGCCCAGAAGGAGGAGUACUUCAGGAGGAGGCUGAGUGAUGAGGAGCUGAGCAGCAGGAUCAUCUCCCACAUCCAGACCUCCAGGAGCCUCCACAUCAUGUGUGGAAUCCCAGUCUUCUGCUGGAUCACUGCUACAGUUCUGGAGGACAUGUUGAGCAGCGAGCAGAGAGGAGAGCUGCCCCAGACCCUGACUGACAUGUACUCCCACUUUGUGCUGGUUCAGACACACAGGAAGAAGAUCAAGUACCAUGAAGGACCUGAGACGGGUCCACAGGAGCUGACGGAGGCUGACAGGGAGCUUCUUCUGAAGCUGGGCAGGAUGGCCUUGGAACAUCUGGACAAAGGAAACAUCCUGUUCUACCAAGAAGACCUGGAGCAGUGUGGUCUGGAUGUGACUGAGGCCUCGCUGUACUCUGGAAUCUGUCCUCAGAUCUUCAAGAGAGAGUCUGUGAUCUUCCAGAAAGCCGUCUACAGCUUCGUCCAUCUGAGUGUUCAGGAGUUUCUGGCUGCAGUCUGCAUGUUCCACUGUUUCACCAACAGGAAGACAGACGUGCUGGAGACCUUCAUUGGGGAGGAGGAUGAGGAUUAUGAUGAACAUGAUGAUGCUUUCGAAUCUCUGGACACAUUCUUGAAGCUCGUCCUACAGAAAUCCCUCAGCAGUCAGAACGGCCACCUGGACCUGUUUGUCCGCUUCCUUCAUGGUCUCUCACUGGAAUCCAACCAGAGACUCUUAGAAGGUCUGCUGGGUCGAACAGAGAUCAGUCCAGAAACCAUCCAGAGAGUCAUCCAGAACCUGAAGGAGAUCAUCAGUGAGGAAGUGUCUCCUGACAGAAGCAUCAACAUCUUCCACUGUCUGAUGGAGAUGAAGGACCUCUCAGUCCAUCAGGACAUCCAAGAGUUCCUGAAGUCAGAGAACAGAUCAGAGAAGAGACUCUCUGAGAUCCACUGCUCAGCUCUGGCCUACAUGCUGCAGAUGUCAGACCAGGUCCUGGAGGAGUUGAACCUGAAGAAGUACAAGACAUCAGAGGAGGGACGACGGAGACUGAUCCCAGCUGUGAAGAACUGCAGGAAGGCUGAGUGAGUCCACAUGUCCUCAUGAUCAGUGUCUCAGUGAUGUUUGUAGAAAGUAGUUCCUGUAGUUCCUCUGUGGAGAUGAUCCUCAAUGAUCUGUCCUGAAGAACCCAUCGGUCCACUGUC